CCUGUCCACUCGAAAUUCGUAUCAUAGUGCAGGUUUCCCGUCCGUGCCUCUCACCUCAUCAUCUUUCCCCACCCUUUCCUUUUUGUUUCCCAUUCUUUAUCACCUCCGGUCCUUUCUGGACUCGUUAGAUAGCGUCAGGGUUUGUGGUUUCGAAGUUCUAAAAUAAUAGAAGGAGGAGGAAGAGAAGGCGCGAUGAGAUGGGAGGGAGUGGACGAGGAGCUCGCCAAGAUGGUCUGUGAGGCGAACCUCGAUCAGGCCUCGGAACGGCGGAGGAUCCGCGAGGCCUUCAAGGAUGUGCAGCUCGGCAUCGAUCAUUGCUUGUUUAAGGCACAAUAUUCUGGAAUAAAAUCGAAGGAGGUGUAUGAGGUGAAUUCUAGAGGUGUUGAAAUUUUCACGAAAAGUUGGCUUCCAGAGAAUUUGCCAAUAAAGGCAUUGGUUUGUUUUUGUCAUGGCUACGCAGAUACUUGUACAUUUUUCUUUGAGGGUAUAGCCAGGAAAUUAGCAUCAUCUGGAUAUGGUAUUUUUGCAUUGGACUACCCUGGAUUUGGUCUUUCAGAAGGACUUCAUGGAUAUAUUCCCAGCUUUGAUACUCUUGUUGAUGAUGUAGUUGAGCAUUUCUCCAAAAUCAAAGAAAAUCCCGAGUACCGUGGCCUUCCGAGCUUCCUGUUUGGGGAAUCCAUGGGUGGAGCAGUUGCUUUGAAGGUGCAUUUCAAACAGCCACAUGUGUGGGAUGGUGCAAUUUUAGUUGCACCCAUGUGUAAGAUAGCAGAUGAUAUGGUUCCACCUUGGCCUGUGGUGCAAUUCCUGAUUGGCAUGUCUAAAUUUCUUCCAAAAGAGAAGCUGGUUCCUCAAAAAGAUUUAGCAGAAUUGGCAUUCAAAGAUCCCAAGAAAAGGGAGCAGACUCGUUACAAUGUUAUUUCUUACAAAGACAAACCACGCUUGAGGACAGCAGUCGAAUUGCUGAGAACCAGCCAAGAGAUAGAACGCCAAUUGAAAGAAGUUUCUCUACCACUACUAAUUCUACAUGGUGAAGCUGAUAUCGUAACAGAUCCUUCUGUCAGUAAGGCUUUGUAUGAGAAUGCAUGUAGCUCAGACAAGAAGCUACACCUUUACAAAGAUGCAUGCCAUUCCCUUCUUGAAGGCGAGAUGGAUGAGAUGAUAUUUCAAGUCUUUGAUGACAUCAUUCUUUGGCUAGAUGAACACAGUGUUAGACAAGCAUCUUGAUGAUUAACUUUCCUAUUAUUUGUCCUCUAUAAUAACCACCAAUUAUCUGUCUAUUGAAUAAGGUGUACUAAUUCUUCAGAAGAAUAAAAUGCCUAUGCUAAAGUUGCAGUCUAUUUUUUUGUCAAA